AUGGGCGAAGAUUCAAGGGGCGUAACAUGGGAGGCCGACAAGGAGAGGAUUCUCAGGACAGCCGUGCCGUACUUCGAGGCCGGCAAAGAAAUUGUUGUCGUCGCUCAUUCCUAUGGCGGCAUUCCGUCAACUGUAGCUGUUCAGAACCAGGAAGUCGCCGAACGUUCUGCAAGGGGCCUUAAAGGAGGCUUCCGAAAUAUCAUCUUUCUUGCUGCCUUUAGCAUUCCUGUUCGUGGGUGGGAUCUUAUCACCACCUUUGGUGAGGGUGGCCGCCAGGCUCUUUACGAUGACGCCACGGAAGAGGAGUCCAAGAGAGCGUUCAAGCUGAUAACAACGCAUUCGCAAGACGCCUUUGAGACAGAGGUCGAUUUCAUUCCCAGUGACAUUACGAUCCCCAAGUCGUACAUCAUCUGCGAGAACGACCGAGUUAUCCCUGUGGCUGUGCAAGAACAGAUGAUCAAUGGUACGCCCGGAAUGAAGGCACACCGAUUGUCGGCAGGCCACAGCCCAUUUUUGGGCAGGUUGAAGAAUACUGUAGACAUAGUGGUCAGCGUUAUCAAUACUGACGCAUAG